CCCCCCUCUCCCCCCUUCUCACUUGCCUUCCAUCGCUCCAUCAAGAUGCCUAACAGCCUCCCGCCUCCCGGCAUGCUGCGCUGCAGCCUGCUCAUCCUCUGCGCGUCGCUGGCCGGCGCCUCCCUGGCCGAGAUGGUGUUCCGCUGCCCGGGCUGCAGCGCGGAGCGCCAGGCGCUGUGCCCGCCGCUCGCCGAGGCGUGCGCGGAGAUCGUGCGCGAGCCGGGCUGCGGGUGCUGCCCCGUGUGCGCCCGCCAGGAGGGCGAGGCGUGCGGCGUGUACACCCCGAGGUGCUCGUCGGGUCUGCGGUGCUACCCGACGCCCGACUCGGAGCUGCCGCUGGAGCAGCUGGUGCAGGGCCAGGGCCAGUGCCGGCGCAAAGUGGACGCGGAGCCGGGCGCCUCCAGCCAGGAGCAGCGCGAGCAGACCAGCGUUGAGGCCGUGGAGCUGCAGCCUGAACUGGGUGUCAGCGAGAUGCCGACCAUUCGAAAGCCCAGCAGAGAGAGCGCCUGGCUGGGGCCCAAAGAGAGUGCAGUACGCCAGCACAGACAGGAGAUGAAGACCAAGAUGAAGACCAACAAGGUAGAAGAGGUGAGACCUACUCUGCCCAAACAGACUCAGUGUCAGCAGGAGCUCGACCAGGUCCUGGAGCGGAUAUCCAAGAUGCCCUUCAGAGAUAACAGAGGUCCCCUGGAAGACCUGUAUGCCCUGCACAUCCCCAACUGCGACAAGAGGGGGCAGUAUAACCUCAAACAGUGUAAGAUGUCUCUGCACGGUCAGCGCGGUGAGUGCUGGUGCGUCCACCCUCACACUGGCAGACCCAUUCCAUCAGCCCCAACCGUGAGGGGGGACCCCAACUGCAGCCAGUACCUCACAGAGCUGGAGCUACUGGACACUGCCCAGAUCUAGCAUGAUAUCAUGUUUU